CUUACAUACUCGCAGGGUGCAGUAAUUCAGAGACACAGUGUGGAGGCUGCUACAUGAAUACAGACUGCAGGAAGAGCAACAUGCUCAGGUUACUUCAUCACUGCUUGAUUGUCGUGUGCUUGGCUGGGUCCUUGAUGCUCCUGCCACUCUGCUGUGGUGGACUUAAAACCUUAGAGUAUGAAUAUGAUUCUACUCCUGUACCAGAUUACGACUACAAUGCCACAUUUGACUACAGUUUCUUCAGCAACAGCAGCAAUGAAGCCCUGGAGUACUUUAUCAGGGAGAAGGAAUCUGAAGAUGAAAAUGGGGGAUUGGAUAGAAGCCAAACAGAUCGAGCGGUGCCCACUCCGGCAAACAAGAUUGUGUUGGAGUGUCCGCACAGAUACUACUGACUUGUACUGAAAAGUCAUGUAAACAGAUGGCUCUCAUUAGGGUAGCACGACAGUAUCUUAAUCCCCCCACCAGCUUUAUAGCCACAUUUAGGCUGGGAAAAUAAACAACAACUCUGAAUUAUGACAGUGGGUUGAUCAGUUCUCAAAUAUCACAGGAUUUAUUUCCCUUAGAAUACACCUCAUAUUUUUUAGUUUGGGAAUCUAAACAAAUGUCUCUGGACUAAGGCUGGGGGGAAAAAAAGACCCUAAAGGUAAAUCCAUGUUAAAACUCUACAAGGCAAAUUCCUAGCAUGUUGCAGUCACCAUAAAGGUCAGAAUAGCACGCUGUGAGGGUCACAUUCCUAUUACAUUCUAUGAUUAUUAUCAUCAUUGGCCUGAUGAUAGCCAUAAUAAAGUCUACCCUAUAGAGUCACUGUUGGAACAACAAUCUGGACAAACAACUCACCCUGAAAGUAGUAACUUUUGCCGGUCAUAGCCUUCUCCAUGUACUUCAGCCAGCAUGUAGAGGAGUACAGGAUAAUAACACGUAAAAAUGGUUGUACUAAUCUUGUUCGCCAAAGCAAACAACUCCUCUAUUUGCUGUCAGACACCAAAUGCUUUCAGAUCUCUGCAUUAAGUCAUAAAGAUUUAAUGGAUUGCUUUGUGCCUGCUAUGCAGAGCAGCACUUUAUCAGCAGCAGCAUUUUUGGACAAUCCUUCAUUCUUGCUUUAGAUGGAUUCAAGAUGUCUCACAUCUAAAAUAUAUAACUAAAUAUAUGCACCAAAUACAUUUUGAGCAUCUAAAUACAAUGUAUAAAGAUUUCAGCACUGAUCACAAGGAUAUCCAGAGUUACACUGAAGCUUGAUGAUAGCAGUAAGUACACACAGAUUUUGGUAAGCUCUGUUAUCUGUAAGUACCAUGUAAAUGACACCUGUCUCCUGUAGUAUCACAAAACUCUCUGGAAAGGAAAAAGCCUGUGAAUAGUAAUUUUGGGUUUUGUUUGUUUAAACAAGGGAUCCUUUUAACCUAAGAGGCAGGACAGUUUGCUUUUUAAAUCAAUGUGUUCAUUAGGUUUUUAUCUAUCAAGGUUACAGUGCAUCCGGAAAAGUAUUCACAGCGCUUCACUUUUUCCACAUUUUGUUAUGUUACAGCCUUAUUCCAAAAUGGAUUAAUUAUUUUCCGCAAAAUUCUACAAACAAUACCCUAUAAUGACAUCGUGAAAGAAGUUUGUUUGUAAUCUUUUCAAAUUUAUUAAAAAUAAAAAACAAAAAAAGCACAUGUACAUAAGUAUUCACAGCCUUUGCUCAAUACUUUGUUGAAGCACCUUUGGCACCAAUUACUGCCUCAAGUCUGUUUUAGCAUGAUGCUACAAGCAUGGCACACCUAUUUUUGGGCAGUUUCUCCAAUUCUUCUUUGCAGGACCUCUCAAGCUCCAUCAGGUUGGAUGGGGAGCGUCGGUGCACAGCCAUUUUCUGAUCUCUCCAGAGAUGUUAAUAAGAUGUGGAAAAAGUGAAGCGCUGUGAAUACUUUCCGGAUGCACUGUACAUGUGGAAGAAUAGGAAGUAGAUAUAAGAUAAUAAGAUGAACUCGCCUGCCCCACCCUUACAGUCAUGCCAAAGCAAUGCUUUUAUAAUGGGACCAGCAACAUAAACAGAAUAUGUUUGGUAAACAGAUAAACAAAGUGCAUAAGGUAUAAAAUUCAGUCAGGUUGGUAACAUCAAAUAGAAUAUCAAAUGCCUUACAGGUUUUCUGUCACAGAUUUUAAGUUAAGGAAAUUAGGAUUACAGGACAAUUUCUUAUAAGUUCUUAUAAGUAACUAGACCUAUACAGCAGGGAUGUCAACAGCUUGUCAAGACACAAACAUGUCUAGAUUCUAAGAAAGAAUUUUGUCAGUAUACACAGUACAUCUCAUCACUCACUCACUUUCUUUGAUCAUCUCAGGCCUUUAGGACAGUAUAUCCAAGCUCACUGCUCAUACUGAUCCUGGCUUCUCAUCAGCUGCUCAGACUCCUAUAGGACACACUGCACAUCACAGGACACCAUCACACACAAACACAUGAGGACUCAACAGAAAGACAGAGAUGGACAAACAACCUCAAUGGAGAACCAUAGACUUGGCAAACUGAGACUGAGGAAGAGGGGCACACAGACAUAAUCAAACGAGCAAACCUCUCACGGCAGAGGAGCAGCUACAGUAUAACACUUUCCAGACUGCUGUAAUGAUGCAAACAAGAGACACCACAAGACCCCAUCUCCCUUACAAAGCCAGAACAAUCUCAAACUAGACACAGAGGAUGUGUUAGACACACAUCCUCAUAACUGAACAGUAUGGACUACUGGAAAGACAAAUUUAGCUUAAUCAAGAAAAGGAGCUUUUGAUAACUCUCAAAGUGUGCCUUAUAAUGGUAGAAAAGAGGGACAAAAAAAGCCUUGUCUAAACAGGCAUAGAAAAAUAAAGACAUUAUGGAUUUAUGAAUGUAAAAAAUUUGAAUGUUAGAUAUGAAUGAAUUUUCAGUGCAAUUUUAAGGGACCUUUAUAAUAAUAGUGUAUAAUAUAGCCUAUUUUAAUAAGCAAAUUGCUGAAAAGAAUGAAACUAGCAUCAAUGCUCCAGUGUAUGUGUCUGUGUGUGCAUGUGUUGCUUCCACAUUUUACAUCAUUUUACAUCAGAUCAUUAUGCACACAGCAUCAAGUCUGCUUCUCCCAGGCCACCUCAUAUAUGAAAAAUAUCAACAGAGCACAAUGCAAAUUCCCAAAUUAUAUUUGAUACCAGCUUAAUACCAUUUAGCAGUUAUGAUUGUGUCACUGAAAAUGCAUCAUUUAUGACUCCUUUAUACAAGUUCAUUAUUCUGAAAACUGACUCUGAUAUUAUUACUUUAGAAACAUGGACACACUGUGAAUGUCAGAGCAGAAAGUACAAAUCCUGACGAGUCUUACACAAUGCAUAGUAAACACACAGGCACUUUCCUAAGCAAAUGCACUUCUUUCAUUAGCGUCACUUUUUUUUUCAGAGCUUUUUGGUGGAUAUACCCUUACGGUAAAAUCACAUACAUUUCACACAUGAUCAUGUAUCAUUUUUCCCAUGUGAGUAAUAUGUGAUCACAUGUGAAGUAGAGCCAUUUCACAUAUGCCCUGAAAUCGCAUGUGUGAACUAAAGUACAUAAUGUUACCUAAUGUGAAUAAUGUGUUCACAUGUGAAAAAAAUCACAUGGAAAUACAUGAAUCAUUUGUAAAACAACAACAACAAACAAACAGAACGCAAAUAAACAAACAAAAUGUGUAAACAAAUGAAUCUUUGUGAUAACAAAACAAAACAAAAAUAAAUCACAACAUUCCAUGAAAAAUAAAAACACAACAAAACAA